AUGAAGUCACCGGGAGCGGUGAUCUCCCUCUACAUUCGUCAAUUUUUUCGGUGGACUGGUGUUCAGGUGUAUCGGUAAGCACACCCUUUUCACUUUUUUUUCAAAUGGAAAAGUGUAAACCGAUGACGAAUAUGCAAAUUUUUUACGAUUUCCGAUGUUAUCCCCGACCCACUUUUUCUUCGUCAUUUUUGCCACAAAUAAGAAAGUUUGAAAUGAAAACCAACAAGAACACUGAAAAAGGGACAGGGAAGAUUACUGUAGCUUUUUUCAAUUUUCAGGCACCCAGCACCAUUUUUCUGGAUCCCGGUGACACUCUCAUUUCUGGCAAUUCUUGGGCUCUUGCGAUUUUAUGAAGAAAAUCGGAUAUGGUAUUUGUACAGGUAUAUUGUGCAAUUCUGAAUAGUUGAAAAAUCGUCUUUCAGUCCCGAAAAAGCAGAUUCACAUUUCGAGCAUGCAGUUGCCAAUGAGUUUUUCAACGAUCGAGGAGGCAAGUUUUGGUUGGAAGUGAGUUUUUUCUCAUUAUUUUUAUUGAGUUGUCAAAAAUUCCCGACUAUUGAUUUCCUCGUCUAGAAUGUGUCACUAUGAUUCACUAGAAAUGAAUUUGCUUAAAUUCAUCCUAAUUGUUUCCAAAUGUUUCAAAAAUGCACAAAAAAUCAGCAAUGCACCCGAUGAUAAUUCUCGUCAUUCCUCAUGUCCAUAUAUCAUAAAUUGUUCCUCGGAAUUGCAUCAAUACCUGAUUUCCCUCCCCCCCACGAAUCCUUUUCCACACAAUUCGUGGCGUCGUUUAAGCAGAUAAGCUGGUUUUUUGGUGGCGGUGACGAUUGGAUAAGAAUUGCGACGGCACUGGAUUUAUCAUCGCGUAAUACCUGCGGGAGGGGAUGAAAGAUAAAAGAUUCGCUAUUGUCUGUGUCCGAAAUUAAUUUGGCCGGAGACAAUGAGGAACUAUUUUGUAAAGGAAGAGAAAGUAACCGUGUAAUCAUUUUUCCUUCAACUACUAUGAGUGUUACACAUUCUCCAGAUGAUUUCCGUUAUUUUAAGCGCUAGCGGGAAUCUGUUGCGUUUUUUUUUAACAAAGUUAUGCAUUUUCAAAGCUGGCAAUACUUUUGGGGCUGCUAAGACUACAAACUACACUUUCUGGACGCUGCUCUCGUGAAUUUAGGGGCUGCUUAGACUACGAACUAGAAGUGUUGGGCGCUGCUCUCGUGAAAAAGGGAAGAAUGCGUUCCUCCUGUUGUUUUUCGUCCGUUCCGUCUCGAUUCGUUUCGUUGAUCCGCCAGUACACAUUUUCUCUCAUUUUUUUUCGGUUAUCCGCCGUUCCAACUAAACGAACGGCAUCUGAUUGGACGAAUUCAGCGAAGCAUCAAUACUAACUGGUCUCUUAUGACUUUUUUGCGCCGAAAACUGGUGAAAAGUGAGAAACCGUUGACGAUCUGAUGAAAACGAAAAUUAGUGGGCGAAUGUCCGCUAAAAAUCUUCAGCUAAUAUUAUACACCCACAAAUCACACAAACAAAUUUCCUUAUCGAUAUUGUAUCACUCUUGAACGCACACUUUUUGGUCAGUAUUGCGUGUUGUAGACAUUGUCGGAGAUGGCGCGUAACAUUAGAAUCGCCGAAAAAAAAAAACUGGAUAAAAUCCCGCCGGCCGAGAGAAUAGUCUCUUUCUUGCGCAAUUUCAACCCGCGUCGCCGCCGAUUUCAUUUCCACUGGAAUUGUUUGGGAAGAGAGAGAGAGAGAGAGAGAAGAAGAGAAAAAGGAUACAGAAAAUUCUUGGAUUAGGGACGUAAUAGUACAAAUUACUUCAUUAGAGGGCAUCAGUGGUAUGCCGUGAUGCCGUCGAAUGCGGCCCACGCUGCUCGUCUUCUCCUGUGGAUUCCCGGCUACAACUCGUUCUAGUCUACCAAGUUAGAUGUACUCGUUGACGCCCUCGAUGAUUGUGCCAUUUUUGAUGCAAACCGGAUGAUCUAUGGCAAACGUGUAUCGCAACACUUUCGUUUUGUUAGUAUUGAUUCGCCAAAGCUGUAUUUUUGAAAUUUUGCGCGAUUACGCGAUUUUCCACCGUAACAACGUAACACACAUCAUUUUUUUCACUUUUUUCCAUCCAGAAAGUGAAGAAAAGGCUCUUCAAAAGUCAAUGACCACCUUCUCCUUCUCCUUCUCCCUCUUCUCCCUAAUCUCCCUCUUCCGAUCUUCACUCUCUCUUCUGCCAUACCGUUCCGACCGGUUGCGACCGAUUUGGAGGAGAGGCAAAAGCCAACGAAACGUUGGAACACUUUCGGGGGGGAUUUUUCAUAGAGUUUCACAAUAUUAUAGUGGAAACUGGUCAGAAUGACACCACAUCUUGACAAAAGGUAACUUUAUAAUUGUUUAUUAGAGCUCAAAACGUUGAAGUGUCUGACACGAAGAAAAACACAUUUCAGGUGACAAUAACAGCAAAAGACAUGAACAACUUGUUGCGUCGGGAUUAUUUGGACGGUGUGGACUCGCUCACCGAAUUCCUACAAUACAAUUUCACUGUGAAUUGUGACGGAGUCAAGGACGGAAAGGACGAGUGCUCUUUUUCGGAUUUGUGCUCGGGACAGUGCAAUGAUAAUCAGGUACUUUUAUGGUUUCUGUAGUUUUCCUCUGGUAACUCGACUUUGAUAUAAUUUAAAAAAAAGAGCAGAAAUUAUUUCGAGCAAAACCGAUAAGUUCUAGACAUACAAUAUCAGUGCAUUUCAGGUGAUACCCCUGUUCAACUUGAUCUACCGUAACGCUUCCUCGCGUCUUCAUCCGAAUUUCCGUCUGACCUACCCCACAAUGCACCUUUACAACGAUGAGUAUUAUGUUGGUGAACACUUUGCCGGCGUCAAAAUCGAUCCAAAGACUAAUGUGUGAGUUUUAAAGCUGUUUUGAAAUCCAAAAAACUGGUUGCGAAACCGUCUCAAGUCGCUUGUAGCAAUUUUAUUGAGUUUUGAGAUUUAGAGAGUAAAUUUGGCAAUUUAGAGAAACAUAUGAGCUGAAUAAAUUCACAACCAACAAAAACAGUGUAUUGCAAAAUGUCUUCAGAAUCUCGCGUGUCAAAGUGAUAGUGCUCUACUUCCGUACGGACCGUCAAACUCCUCAAAUCUCGCGAGUCAUCGACCGCUGGGAACAGAGUCUGUUCGAUUACGUGGAACAUUUCGACCACCCGACCCUCAACAUGACCCUAAACUCGGACGCGAUGAUCGCCCGCGAGGUCCGAACCAACGGACUCACCUGCAUUCCCUAUUUCUCGUUCUCUGUGAUGUUCGUCGUACUUUUCAUCAUGGUCACCAACAAAAGAGAGCAUUUCGUGUUCUCCCACUCGGUCGUCAUGAGUAUUCUCGGAAUCGCGGGACCGUUGAUGGCCGUUGGGACCACGUUCGGAUUCCUUUUUCUGUUCGGACUUCCCUUCAACUCCAUCACUCUCGUCAUGCCUUUUCUGAUCAUUGGCGUUGGAUGUGAUGAUGUUUUCAUUAUAAUUCAUGCGAUGAGGAAGACGGACAAGUCGGAAAGCCUCGAGGAUCAGAUCGCGGAGACGAUGGAAGAAGCGGGACCGUCGAUUACCGUAACCUCGGCCACCAAUAUUCUCUCGUUCGGCAUCGGAAUCGCCACUCCCACGCCCGCCAUUUCCCUAUUUUGCCUGUACACUUGCGUGGCCGUCGCCGUCGAUUUCAUCUAUCAAUUGACGUUCUUCGUAGCGGUUUUGGUGUUCGAGGAGAAGAGAUUGGAGAAAAUGAGAAGGGAUUCGGAGAAACCGCCGAUUGAGGAAGCCCCACAGCAGAAAAAGCAGGUGCUUUGUGAGUUUUGUACAAUCUUUCGAUUAUUUUCAAUACUUUUCCUUUUUCAAACAAAUUUUUCAGCCGUUCAAGCGUCGCUCCGUUCCGCCAAAGCCCUGGAGCAGCCACUUCCAGUCAACCCGGACGGAAUCGUCAGCAAAUAUUGUCGUUUUCUGAAGGACUGGCGCACUCGUCUCGCCCUUUUGCUGAUCCUCGUCGCCUAUUGGACGGCUUCGUAUCACGGGUGCAAAACGAUGGAGAUCAAAAUGGACACUACGAAUCUGAUAAUGAGCGACUCACCACUGAACAACAUCGCGUGGAUCUAUGAGAGAUUUCUAUGGAGCGAGGGACAAUUGGUACUGGUUUUUGUGAACAAUCCCCCGGAUUUAUCGAUCGAGGAGAACCAGCAUGAGGUGCUGGAGCUGGUCAAUCGCUUCGAGACCCUUCCCUAUUCGAUGGGCAAGAAUUCCACGUCGAUCUGGCUCCGCUCAUUCCUUUAUCAGAGUUCACUGUACCACAACAAACUGGGCUUCUUCAAUUUGCUCGACGAAUGGCUCGGAGACUCGGAAAACGGGGGAGCCCGAUGGAAUGACAUGUUGAGGUUGGAGAGGGAAAACGUAGGAAACGGAAGUAUUCGGGGAAUCGACAAAUUUAUGUUCGCGACCGCGUGUGCGAUGGGCGACGAUGCGAACUGGUCGACGAGGGAGAAGUUGCAGAAGCAGUGGAGGAAGGUGGCGCACGAGUACGAACACUUCAAUGUCACUGUUUUCCAGGUACGCGGCGGUUUGUUAUUGUAUGGAAAUGCAUAAAUUUUAACACUUUCAGAGCUAUUCGUUCUACAUUGACCAGUUGGACUCGAUCGGCGGGACCACUGCCUCUACCGUAAUCUGGGCGGCCAUCACAAUGGACUUGGCGUGUCUCCUGAUGAUUCCCGGCAUCAACUCCAUCCUAACUUCCACAAUUGCGAUGAUGUCCAUCAACGUGGGCGUCUUCGGACUUUUAUCGGUGUGGCACGUGAACCUGGACCCGAUCACCAUGUGCACCACCCUCAUGUCCAUCGGAUUUUCCGUCGACUUCACCGCCCACAUCUCCUACCACUACUACCGUAAUCCGACGAGCUGGACCACCGACGAACGGCUCGCCGACGCGUUGAAAUCGAUCGGAUGGCCGAUGAUCCAGGCGGCCAGCUCCACACUACUCUGCAUGGCUCCGUUAGUACUCAACACGAGUUAUAUGGUCAGUGUGUUCGUGAAGACCAUAUUCUUGGUUACUGUACUCGGCAUUCUACAUGGCAUCAUCUUUUUGCCGGCUCUCUUGCUCACGGUUAGUCGUUUUUUUGUGAGAAUGCAAAAAUUUAAUAUUUUCAGUCCGGUGACCUAUCUCGUCUAUUCGCUGGAAACAAGAAGAUCGAUCCGGCAGAUGAUGAAAAGAAACCUGAAAAAGAGAAGGAAAUUUCUGGAGAAAUUUCUCAAGCCUCCAGUUUUUCAAGCAAUAAUAGUCAGACUGCUCUAGUCAAAGAAGGUAACCGUUUUCAAUUUUUCAAUUUUUCAAAUAAGGCUUUUUUUGCAGGUACCGAACUGAAAUCAUUGCCACAACAACAACGAGGAUCCGGUUGAUUUUUAUUCAAGCAUGUCCAACAAUAAUUCUAAUCUUUUUCUGUUUCUCCCCUCUCCCUCCCCAAUCCAUCUGAAUUCCACGGGUACCACAUUUCCUCCGACUUCCAUUGACUUUUCUUUUUUUGAAUUGAUUUAAAAAAAAUGAAUACUUUUCUGAACUUUGACCCGAAAAGUCAUACGAUUUUCCAAUUCCGGCUUCUCGAAAAAAUCGAUUUUCUGAUAGAAGCGCAAUUUUAUAAUUUUAUGAUCAUUUCGUGGUUUUAUCAUACGAUUUUGGCAAAUUAAAAACGGAAUUAGAUGAUAAGAAAACGGAAAAAUCGUCAUUCUCCGCACCAUUCAACCUUUUUUGGAAAAGUAUAAGAAGUUGACAAUGAUAUCAGACUACCUCCUUUUUUGUGACUCUUUUUUUGUGGUCAAUACUUGGUCAGAUAUGUCUUAUUUCAUAUCCAGUCGACAAAAUAUUCUUCAUUUACCAUAGGUCUUGAAAUGUUGCUUAAAAAACCGGAAAUUGAAUCAUUUAUGUCAACAUUUUUUAGUAUGAAGGCCUUCCUGCUCCUGACGGUUCUUCUGCCCCUCUCCUCGGCCUUUGUGCUCCCAGAGCAGUCCCAAAAAGAGCAACUCUCGUCGGGAGUCUACACGAUUCCCUAUUCGGACGCGCUUUCCCGCAAACAACUUCUUUUCGCUGCCGGUGCCGCGUACGGUACCGCACCGCAACAGUGUCUGGACAAGGUUUUCACGGGAUCGCAAGUGCGUCGAGUCGUCGAGACGCGUUGUGACGUGGAUCCGGCGGACAAGUGCCUCGGGUACACGGCCGUCAGUCCGGCCGACAAGGCGAUUAUUGUCGUGUUCCGUGGCACCAACAAUAAUGUUCAACUCAUUUUGGAGGGUCUUGAGACCGUUUUCGAGUACCAUGUAAUCAUCACUUUUUUGUUGUUGAAAUCUCUAAGAAAAAAUUGAAUUUAGACCCCAUGGGCUGCCGGCGGUGUCGUCUCCCAGUACUUUAACGACGGAUUCCUGAACAUUUGGAACGGCGGACUCAAGGACGAUUUCAACGCGUUGGCCGCCAAGUACCCCGGAUACCAAGUUUGGGUACGUUUUUGUUUCUUUCGAAUGAGUAUAUAUAAAGCCUAAGUUCUAGAAACUUUGGGUCCCACCACGAAAAGUACAGUAACCCCCAGAUUUUCUAACUUUUCUAGAGCCUAGCCAUGAUUAUACUGAAUCGAAAUGGAUUAUUCAAUUUUCAGGUAGUCGGACACUCUCUGGGUGGUGCGAUGGCGUCUCUGGCCGCUUCCUACAUCACCUACAACAAGUUGUACGACGCCUCGAAGGUUCUUCUCGUCACUUAUGGUCAGCCACGUGUCGGAGACGCCGCCUACGCAAAGUCCGUCGAUCGGGACGUGACGAACGGAUUCCGAGUGACGCACGCGCAUGAUCCGGUGCCUCAUCUUCCGCAGGAAAACAUGCAGGGAUUCACGCACCAUAAGGCCGAGGUGUUCUACAAGGAGGCAAUGACCAAGUUCCUGAUUUGCGACGACGUCGACGAGAGUGCGUUCUGCUCGAAUGGACAGGUUCUUCCGGACGCUUCCAUCAAGGUACCGUUUUCUUAAAUCUAGAAGUUCAAAAAUAAUUAAAAAUUUCUGCAGGAUCAUCUCAACUACUUCGACCACAACGUCAGCGAUUUGGGAUAUUCCAACUGCGCCAAUGUCAAGGCCUAA